UUCCCUCAGCUCACAAACAACCCAGCCCAGGAGGCAGCCUGAAUUUCUGCAGUCGUCAGAGGUGCUGCUCCCACUCAGCAGGAGGAAAGGUCUCCUGGACGGGCUGGCCAGGUGCAGACCCUGGCCAUGCUGGCCUUGCUGUGUGGCUGCCUGCUUCUGGCGGCGGGUCCCACGCACACCCUGAGCAGCCCCGUCCUGACUGAGCCCAACCUCGACCUGAUGGAGCAGAUCCGCGACAUGCACGCCAAGGUGACAGACAUCUGGCAGGAGCUGACGCAGCGGCGGGAGGCGGCCGGGGGGCCAGACGCGGCGCUCCACGCAGUGUGUCGGGUGCAGCCGUCCGCCACCCUGGACGCCGAGCAGCCCCGGGUGAGAGGCCUGGUCCUCUUCCGGCAGUCCACGCCUGAGGCCCGGCUCGAGGCCUUCUUCGACCUGGAGGGCUUCCCAGAGGAGUCCAACGGCUCCAAGCGCGCCAUCCACGUGCACCAGCUAGGCGACCUGAGCCAGGGCUGCGACUCCACCGGGCCGCACUACAACCCGCUGUCCGUGCCGCACCCGCAGCACCCUGGCGACUUCGGCAACUUCGUCGUGCGCGACGGCCGCCUCUGGAGGUACCAGGCCAGCCGUGCCGCCGUGCGUCCGCGACCACCGCCCCGCCCAGCACAGCCACACCCGCUGCCGUGCCUGAGCCCACCCCCGCCGGGUACCCACGCACCCGUGCACCCCGAGACCCCGCCUCGCCAGGACUUCCCUGUGCGCCCCGGGAGCUUGGUGUACCCCGAGAGCUCCAUGCCCAGAACACCCCCAUGCACUCGAGAGCUCUCUCACCGCCGCGCACCCCUUGCACCCGGAGACCCCACCCAGCCAGGACACCCUUCGAGUCCUGACAGUCCUCCCUGCCAGGCCAACCACGUGAGCCACACGGCCUUGAGCCUUGCCCAGGACGCCCGUGCACUCCCCUGCACCCCCAGAGGUCCCCCUGUACCCCCAAAGUAUACAUCAGUGUACUCCGAAGGUGGUCCCUACUGGUACACCUCUUCCCACGCACUCGGAGACCCUCAGCAUCAGGACACCCCCACACACACCCCUGUGUACCUCAAGACCCCUCCCUGCCAGGAUACCCUGCUGGCCAGAGAGUCCUCCCUGCCUUGACAAUCACGUGAGCCCUGAGACUCCCGCGUACCCUGAGAGCCUCUCCCUGCCCAGAACACCCCCGCGCCCCCAAGUAUCCUCCGCACCCAGACACCCUAGUGUACCCUGAGAACCCGCCCUCCAAGCUGGAGACUCUGCGCUAGAGACACCCCCACCAAGAAUGCCGAGGGCCGCGUGCGCAGAGGAAGUUCUGCGUGCCCCUCGACCCUCCCUGCCUCGGAGCCUCUCUGCUGUUGCAACCACACACACCUCUCAGCCUGAGGUCUCCUCCUGGUGGGCCAAGAUGCUUCCCUUCCACCCCGAGGGCCACCCAUAAGCUCCAAGCCCCCCACCCAGUGCCACUCGGGCCCCCUGCCCAGAUGUGCCUACAUACAACACCCACCCUGGAUCGCUCCUGCUGAGAUCUCUGUCCUCCCUGAAGCCCAGACCCCACAGCCCCACCUAUGACCCCUGAGAGGCCUCUCUACCUUGAGGAAGACCCCUCCCUUUAGACUCCUCCUGGGCCCUAAGAGACCCCACCCCAGGUUGCCUAGGGACCAUUUCCUGUUCACCACCACUCUGAAGGUGCCGCUGGAAGUUACCCUCACCCUUCCCCAGCCUUCUGCUGUUUUCCCAGCAUCACCACCCUGGGGAGAGCCGCUUUUUAGGGGGAUGUUUGACAACCUCUGUUGCACAGUAAAAACGCAGCAAUUCAGUCCAGC